GGGAGGAGGAGGAGGAGAGCAGCCGGAGGAGCAGGGCUGGAGGAGGGAAAGGGGGGUGGAAGGAGGAGGGAGGGAAAAAGCCGUGGUGGUGGCGGCGGCGGCUGCGCUGGGGCUGGUGUGUCUCCCGCUGCUGCUGCCGCUGCCGCUGCUGCCACCCGAGGAAGAUGAGGCUGAAGAUCGGGUUCAUCUUACGCAGUUUGCUGGUGGUAGGAAGCUUUCUGGGGCUGGUGGUGCUUUGGUCAUCCCUGUCCCCCCGGCCUGACGGCCAGAACCCGCUCAAUGGGAUGAGGGAAGGCAGAGACCUCAACGUUCCCAUCCCUAACAGAGGAGGCAAUGGAUUGGCCCCUGGGGGCGACAGAUUCAAACCUGUGGUGCCCUGGCCCCAUGUGGAAGGGGUGGAAGUGGACUUGGAGUCUAUUAGAAGAAAAAACAAAGCCAAAAAUGAACAAGAGCAUCAAGCUGGGGGUAUCAACCAGCAAAAUGCCCUCCAGAGACAGUAUCUCACUUUUAAGCCUCAGACACUUACCUACCAUGAUCCUGUGCUCCGUCCGGGAAUCAUUGGUAAUUUUGAACCCAAAGAACCGGAGCCUCAUGGUGUUCUCGGUGGCCCUGGAGAGGAAGCAAAGCCAUAUGUUUUGGGACCAGAUUACAAAGAGUCCAUUCAUGCCAGCAUUAAAGAGUUUGGAUUUAACAUGGUGGCCAGCGAUAUGAUCUCACUGGACCGCAGCAUCAAUGAUUUGCGACAAGAAGAAUGCAAGUAUUGGCAUUAUGAUGAAAACCUGCUCACUUCCAGUGUUGUCAUUGUCUUCCAUAAUGAAGGAUGGUCAACUCUCAUGAGAACGGUUCACAGUGUAAUUAAAAGGACACCAAGGAAAUAUUUGGCAGAAAUUGUGUUAAUUGAUGAUUUUAGUAAUAAAGCACACUUAAAAGAGAGACUAGAUGAGUACAUUAAGCAGUGGAAUGGCCUGGUGAAGGUAUUUCGAAAUGAGAGACGAGAAGGUUUAAUUCAGGCUCGAAGUAUUGGAGCACACAAGGCUAAACUUGGACAGGUUCUGAUAUACCUUGAUGCCCACUGUGAGGUGGCAGUAAACUGGUAUGCACCGCUUGUGGCUCCUAUAUCUAAGGACAGAACCGUUUGCACUGUGCCGAUUAUAGAUAUCAUAGAUGGCAACAAUUUUAAAAUUAUGCCCCAAGGGGGUGGUGAUGAAGAUGGGUACGCUCGAGGAGCGUGGGAUUGGAGUUUGCUCUGGAAGAGAGUGCCUCUGACCCAGCGGGAGAAGACAAUGAGAAAGACAAAAACUGAGCCCUAUCGGUCCCCAGCCAUGGCUGGGGGGUUGUUUGCCAUUGAACGGGAUUUCUUCUUUGAACUGGGUCUCUAUGAUCCGGGCCUUCAGAUCUGGGGUGGUGAAAACUUUGAGAUUUCUUACAAGAUAUGGCAAUGUGGUGGCAAAUUGUUGUUUGUCCCUUGUUCUCGAGUUGGACAUAUCUAUCGUCUUGAGGGCUGGCAAGGAAAUCCGCCCCCCAUUUAUUUAGGAUCUUCUCCAACAUUAAAGAACUACAUUAGAGUUGUGGAGGUUUGGUGGGAUGGCUACAAAGACUAUUUCUAUGCCAGUCGCCCGGAAUCAAAAGCACUACCCUACGGGGACAUAUCAGAACUGAAAAAAUUUCGGGAAGAUCACAACUGCAAAAGUUUUAAGUGGUUCAUGGAAGAAAUAGCUUAUGAUAUCAUCUCACACUAUCCCUUGCCACCCAAGAAUGUCGAGUGGGGAGAGGAACACUUUAGAAGGAACAUUCCCAAUGUUAGAGUUGGUCAAGCUGGUGCCCAGGGUGGUGAGAGGACAAAAAUGGACCCAAAGACGACAGAUGGGCAUACUGUUACAGAUGUGGCCAGUUGGAAAAGUUUGGAACAGAUUUAGCCUGAAGAAUUGGCUACUAUAAAUAUUUUUGUACAAAUAGGUCUUUUUUCCCUUUUCUUUGAUCUUUUUAGGAUACAAACCUAGUAGUAGUAUUUCUAGGUCAAAAAGUAUAGCAAGUUUUAUGGCCCUUUGGGCAUAGUUCCUGGUUGUUCCCCAGAAUGGUUGGACUCAUUCACAACUCCAUCAGCAGGGCAUUAGUGUCCCAAUUUUUCCUCAUCCCCUCCAAGCUCCUGCCAUUUUCCUUUUCUGUCAUGUUAGCCAGUCUGAUAGGUGUGAGGUGGUACCUCAGAGUUAUUUUAAUCGCGUUUCUCUAAUGAGUAGUGCUUUGGAGCUUUUUUUCUUGACCGUUGAGAGCUUUGAUUUCUUUGAAGAUUGUGUAGAGGCCUAAGUAGAGGAUGAAGUAUGAUGGGGAAAGACUUGAGGCAGGGAGGCCCUCCAGAAGGCUGGCCUAAUAAUCCAUAUAUGAGAUCAUGAGAACCUGCACUAGAGUGGUGGCAAUAUUAAAGGAGAGAAAGGGGCCUGGAGGAGAAAUGUUGUGAAGACAGCAUCCAAAGAGCUUGGCAACAGAUUAAAUAUGGCGGCAGGGGUGGAAGGAGUGGCAGAAGAGGAAGGACUUAAGUUGUGAGCCUGACAUCCAAGAAGACGGUGGUACCCUCAACAAUAAUAGGGAAGGGAAUGAGCACAUCCUCUGUGCCAGGCAGAAAAGGCAGGAAGAAAGGCAAUCAAAUGUCUAUGGGACAUCCAGUUUGAAAUGUCUAAUACCCAGUUGGGGGUGCAAACAUAAGGGUGAGGAGAGACAUUAGGGCUGUAUAAAUAGAUCUAGGAAUGAAAUCAUAAGAGAUGAGAUCACCCGCCAAAAUCAGAUGGAGAACCCGCAUCAUCCUGCUGUCCAGUAGCUGCACCUUCCCUUUGUUCAAAAUAAAAGUGCCUUCAUUGGGGUGGGGGUGGGGGAGCAGCGAGGUGGCUUUAGUGGAUAGAGAGCCAAGUCCAGGGUUUAAACAGGACCUCGGACUCUUCCUAGCUGAGUGACCCUGGGCAAGUCACUUAACCCCUGUUGCCUAGCCCUUCCUACUCUUCUGUCUUAGAACCAAUCCUUGUAUUGCUUCUAAAACAGUAGAUAAAGAGUUUAAACAUUUUUUUUUAUUUUGAAAAGUGUCAACAUUGCCAAUUGCCAGCAUUCUCCUGUAAAAAAAGACCACUUAUGAUCAUCACACAGAGCUCUCACCUUGAGAACUCCAGCAGCUUAUACAGAUGGUCUCAAAACCCCCAUGGCAGGAGAGCUGCCCAGACACCUUGGUCCCUGAAUGGCCACAGGCAGAGAACUCAUCGCCAAGAGGCCUGCUGGUGCCCAUGUCUCCAGUCUUAACGAGGCUGGUCCUUAAGAAGCAGACCCAUUUCCGGAAUAUUUGAACCCUUUCCAGAGGAGAGGAAGCCCUCCACGGGGGAGCGAAUGUCAUCUCCCAUCCAGGAAAACCUCUCAGUUGUUCAUCAGUCACAGCUAUGACUUCAGAGGGGCCAUCACCAACCUGAUGGGCAAUAAAGAGGAAGGAAGCCAGCCGUAAAGUCCUUGCUGACCAGAUGAGUGGCCAAAAGGGGCAGGAGGGGUUUCUGCCACUAGCCUGAAGAUCCCACACCUGGUACCUCGGUUAGGAAACAGAUUCCAAACAGGAACAUAGGAUUAUGAAUUUAUGUUUUUAAUUUGUGUCCAUGGUCACACGAUUCUUGCCUCCUUCCCCUCUUUCCUCCCCGCCUCCCGGAGUUGACGAGUCAUUUCACUGGGUUUUACAUAUAUUGUAGGAUUAUCGAUUGAGGCCUGAAGUUGGUAGACCUUUGAAAACAGACUCAUUUUAGAAAUGAGGGAACCCCUAGCCCAAAGGGUGAAAUACUUGCCCAGGGUCACACAGGUAACAAGAAACAGAGGCAGGACUGAAAACCUGGUCCUCUGACCCCAAAUUACUGCUAUUCCCACUGUUUAAAGAUGAAGCCACCUGAGCAGCCCCAGGAAACCCAGCAUCUCCCAGCUCCAAAGGGAGGGAGUGCGGGGAUACCCAGCAUCCGCCAUUUUUGUCUGCCGGAAAUGGAAAACCAGCUGGCUCAGGAUUUCAGUAAGGCAAGUAAAGAGGAGUUAAAAAAAAAAAGAUUAAAGCCUCAUUUCCCAUAAACAGGCUCAAAAUAGUAUUUUUCUCAUGAGUCUAAUUUUUAUUGACAGCUUUUAUUAUCACCUCACCUCCAUUUCUGAAUAUCUACCCCCUUUCCCUGGCCCAUCCCCUACUCCCCAGUAAGGAACCACUCAUAAUAAAGAUUUUGAGUAUAAAAUCUCAAAGAUUUUAUCAUUUUAGAAAAUCAGCUUAGUCACAAACACCUGUGCCUGAGAGUAUGUGUAGUAUUCCACAGAUUUAGACUUAUUUUUUUCCUUUAGUUAUGUUCAUCCCCUUCGGUUUCUCUGGUAUAUACAAAGAACCCAAAAUAAGGGUCACACACCAUUUUGCCUGAAAUAAAAAUCACACACUAUUUUCCAAAAAGUGAUAGAAAAGCUCUAGUCCCCUCCUUCAUACAUAACUGAAUACUGAGGAACCACUAACCCAAGGAAAGUGACAGGAACAAGAAACUAGGAAGGGUUGGGAAGGCAUUCAACGUUGGGACUUACUUUGGAGGAGGAUAAAAGGUAGAGAAUCAUCCGGGUAGCAGAGGCCCCCACAGCACCAUUCUGGGGCCUGGUUAAAAACAGGUUUUCUAGGACUGUGAAAUGGAAAGGAGUCACAAUAUGGUUUUCAUUGCUCCAUCUUUUCUGUUUUGAGUCAGAAGAAGGAAAUUUACAGCUGAAAGUCACCUCCCUAAGUGGCAAAGGACCAGAGUCCACAGAUGGCCUGACUCUCAUUCUACUUUCUAGACCAUGAAGCUAGCCCAAAGAGGCCUGUUGGCUGAUCCAGAUGUAGAAAAAGUCCAGUUCCCCUUAGUUCAGCCAGGACAAGGUUGGAGCUUCUAUGAUGGCGGCCCUAGUGGCUACAGUGCUUGGACACUUCCUGCUGUAUAGCCCUGGAGCCCGUAACACCUUGUCAGCCACUGGAUCUUCAUGUCUCAAAUGAGGAUAAUAAUAGUACCUACCUCACUGCGAAGAUCAAGUGAGAAAAUAGAGGCUGUCCCAAAAUUCACAGCUUCAACGUACCCUAAGACUUUAGGGACAUUGUGUACAGAAAGCACAUUACAAGCAUUAAAGCCAUUCUAUAGAAAUGUUAGGUUUAAAAAAAAAUUAAUGUUACUUAGAAGCUAAGAAGAAGAAGGAAAGAAGGCAAGAAGGAAAUGAAAGGAAAGAGGAGGGAAGGAAUGAAGGGAG